AUGUGUUCUUCAAUAUUGUGUAAGAUUCAAGCUCAAAAUAUCAAAUUUCUCUACAAAUUAAGAUCAUUUAGCUAUUUGCAUAAUCCGUCCCCGGACAAAUUUCUGCCGCUCACAAUCGGCAAACUGCUUGAAAAUGCGGCAAACAAAUAUGGCGAUCGUCUAGCUGUCAUUUCCAGACAUCAAAAUGACAAGCUGUCAUUUCAAGAAGCCUUAAAUCGAGCUGACAAACUUGCAGCCGGCUUGAAAGCUAUUGGAUUGCGCAUGGGCGACCGAGUGGGCAUUUGGGCACCAAACAUGACCGAAUGGUACGUCACGCAUAUGGCGUGCGCCAGAGGAGGAUAUGUUUUGGUCAACAUGAAUCCCGCCUAUCAGCCUGAGGAAAUCAAGUAUUGCAUCAAUGCGGUGGGUGCUAAGGCGAUCGUUUGCCCUCACAAAUUCAAAACUCAAAACUAUUAUGAGCACUUGACCUCAAUUGCACCGGAAUUGACAGAUAGUAGGCCAGGGAAAAUCAAUAGUGUGAAUUUGCCCAGUUUAAAGAGUGUUAUUAUUGUGGGCGAUGAGGAUUUAAGAGGUGCGUUCAAAUAUCAAGAAUUAUUCGACUUACCUUCAGCAAUUGACAUAAAACAAAUAAAAGCCCAACAAAAUUCCAUCAGCCUAGACAGCUUAUGUCAUUUGCAAUUCACAUCGGGUACCACAGGUAAACCGAAAGCCCCGAUGCAAACUCACUUUCAAAUCGUCAACAAUUCGUUUUUCGCCGGCAAACGUAACGAACUGGACCGAAAACAUCACAUUAUUUGCGUCCAAGUACCGUUUUUUCACGUGUUUGGUACCAUCGUAACUGUCAACGCUGGUUUGAAUCAUGGCGCCACUUUGGUACUACCUUCACCUAGUUUUGACGCUGAUAAAUCACUGGACGCCAUACGUGACGAAAAAUGUAGCGUCAUCCACGGUACACCUACAAUGUACGUAGAUUUGGUUAGCAGGCAAAAAAUAAGAGGCGAAUAUAUCGAUCCUGAUAUUGCGGUAAGCGGUGGGGCUUUAUGUUCGUCGCAUUUGUUCAAGGAAAUGAAGCAGUUUUUAAGAUUGAAAAAAGUUAAGUCAAUUUAUGGUUUGACAGAAAAUACGGCUGUAGGAUUUCAGUCGUUGUUCGAUGACGACGAGUAUCUGUCAACGUCAACUGUUGGAUACUUACAAGAUCACUGUGAAGCUAAAGUAGUUGACACACAGAAUAGGAUCGUUCCAAGAGGUACUCCAGGCGAAUUGCUACUGCGAGGCUAUUGCAUAAUGUUGGGCUAUUGGGAAAACGAAGAAAAAACCAAGGAAGUUUUGGGUGUUGACAGGUGGAUGAGGACAGGGGAUCAGUUUGUCAUAGAAAAAAACGGCUACGGUAGGGUAGUGGGCAGGCUCAAGGACAUGAUUAUUAGGGGAGGCGAAAAUAUUUUUCCCAAGGAUAUUGAAGAUGUUUUGAACACUCAUCCGGAUAUUUUGGAAACUCAGGUGGUAGGAGUUCCGAAUGAACGUCUAGGCGAGGAAGUUUGCGCAUGCGUGCGCAUUGAACCCAACGCUACCAUAACCUUGCAAGAUGUUAAGACAUUUUGUAAGGGUAAAAUUGCCCACUUCAAAAUACCGUCGAGUCUUAAAACAGUACAGGAUUUCCCUAAAACCACGUCGGGCAAAAUACAAAAGUUUAAAAUCCUCGAAGAUAUCUUGGAUGGCAAAAUAUAA